AUGUCAAAUAUAUCUACAUUUUCAAAACUAUUAUCAGAAUCAUUGCUGAAAAAUACAGCAUCUAAUAGCAUGUUAUUAAAACCAUUGGUAGAAUCAUUGCCAGAAAAUGUUAUGCCUAUUCUUCCACAAAAUUAUAAUUAUAUAGUAUCUAAAUUUUACCAGUUUUCUAAUUAUAUUACACCAAAAGAAUUCUUAAUUGAUCAAUUCAAAAUAGACUUCUUUGUCAAUAUUAAUGAUAUUGAAGAUACACAACAAUAG